AUGUCUCUCACCACCGCGAUCCCCCGGUUCCUGCUGCCUCAGAGGGGCCUGAUAUGGCGGACACGUCUCGCAGCACCGUCUGCCACCCCUCUGAACGUUCGCCAUGCCUCGAAGAAAACCCCCGCCAAAAAGCCCUCCAAACCCCUGGUCCUCGAAAAGCCUGCCAAAUUCAAUCCUCCAUCGCAUCCAGCAAGGCUACGAAAAGAUCCUCCCAGGUAUCCUGGGCCCCAAUUGUCCCCCGCAGAGCAGGCAAUACAGAAGACAAAGAAAUACCCAAACAUGAUGCCUCCUGAGGGGACGUUCCUGCAUUGGUUCAUAAAUAAUAGGGCUAUACAUAUGUACAUUGCUCUUGGCACACUCUUCACUCUAGCAUCAGUAGUGUUCUUCACGAAUUUCCAGCGCACCAAUCCUUUUGCCGAUAUGAUGCCUCCUUGGACCCAUUUUUUCAUACAUCCCAUAAGCUUUUGGCAAACGUGGAUUGAGAUCUUACGUCUCAAUACGGCACGCAUGACUGCGGAAACCCAGGAGAAAAGGACACAGAAGGUGGAGGAUGUUCAGAAGAGGGCUGAGUAUAGGAAGGCUCAUGGACUGGACAAGGAUGAAGGCUUUGGGGGUUGGACUGCUAAGACAGAUAAGGAGCUUAUUGGUCCUGCAAUCCCAUUAGGAGACGCAACGGGGAAAGAGGGUGAGCCAGCAGAGGAGCAAGUGGCCGGGGGAAAGAAGCCGCCUGUGCGAAAGUGGUUGGGGAUCUGGUAA